AUGGCCAAAGCCAAAGCACAACAACCACAGAAGAACAAAUACUCUGUAAUAUUGCCCACUUACAAUGAGCGCCAGAACCUGCCAGUACUGGUGCAAAUGCUCUACGACUCAUUCACAGCAGAAGAUCUAGACUGGGAGAUCAUAGUAGUAGACGACGCAAGUCCUGACGGCACCCUCGAACGCGCAAAAGAAAUACAGAAAUCCUUCGGCGCGAACCGUAUAAUCCUCAAGCCACGGGCGGGCAAGCUUGGUUUGGGAACGGCAUAUGUUCACGGUCUACAAUUUGUGACAGGAAACUUUGUGAUAAUCAUGGACGCUGAUUUCUCGCAUCAUCCCAAGUUUAUUAAAGAUUUCAUAAAAUUACAGUCCGCGACGGGAUGCGAUAUCGUCACAGGCACAAGAUACAGAAGUUACAAGCCCAAAGGUCUGGAUCAGAAAAUGAUUGGUGGUGUAUACGGCUGGGACGCGAAGAGAAAGUUGACGAGUCAGGGCGCAAACAUUCUUGCAGAUUUCCUGUUGGCGCCAGGGGUCAGUGAUCUGACGGGCAGCUUCAGACUGUACAAGAAGGAGGCUGUGAUCAAGGUCAUUGAAGCGACAGAGAGCAAGGGUUUCACGUUCCAGAUGGAGCUGAUGGCCCGUGCAAAGGCCAUGGGACUUCAUGUCGAGGAGUGUCCGAUCACAUUUGUAGAUCGAGUCUACGGCGAGAGCAAGCUUGGUGGUGAAGAGAUUGUGGAAUAUUUGAAGGGAUUGAUUGGAUUGUGGUCCAAGGUAUAA